AUAAAUAUAGCUGAAUUCCGCGUACUUCAACCCCCUCAACGCGGUCUUUCCCAAUCCGGCCUCUUCCGCGCUUGGCACCGCGUAGGGCUGAAACUCCCAAGGUGUCCUUUCACGAACAUCCAACAUUGGCCGCGCAAUCCUCCAACGUCGCUCCUUUACUUUUCAACCGCUCUUUCCUCUGAACUGCACGGUUUCUUCCGUCGCGAUUGGGUCUGCUGUGCCCUCAGAAGACGCGACUGAGUGUGCAACAUGAACGAUUUCGGGGACCGCAGCCUCGAUGAGGAUGCGUUUGGGACUGCGAAGGGGGGGAUUGUGUCGAGUUUCGAUGCCUUUCCCAAGACCAAGAAGACAUACCUUGUACAAGGUCGUAAUUCCUCCGGGUGGACCGUAACCCUCAUCCUAACGUGCAUUUGGCUCGCCUGGACCGAAAUUGCGCGAUGGUUCGCGGGCACGACCACACAAUCAUUCUCCGUAGAGAAAGGCGUAUCGCAUGACAUGCAAAUAAACCUCGAUGUUAUCAUUGCCAUGCGCUGUGCUGACCUGCACGUCAACAUGCAAGACGCAGCUGGUGACCGGACGCUGGCUGGCGAUCUGCUGAGGAAAGACCCUACGAGCUGGGGGCAGUGGACGGGCAAGAACAUGGAGAGGGGCACGCAUGAGCUGAACAAGCAAGGCGAUGAGCCGGGCUGGGAAGAGCUGAGCGAUGUGCAUGACCAUUUGGGCAAAGCGAAGAAGAAGAAAUUUUCCAAGACACCGAGGAUCAAGGGCCUGACCGACUCGUGUAGAAUAUUCGGAAGUCUGGACGGCAACAAAGUGCAGGGUGACUUCCACAUCACAGCGCGAGGACACGGGUAUAUGGAGUUUGGAGAGCACCUGGACCACACAUCAUUCAACUUCUCCCACAUCAUCCGCGAAAUGUCCUUUGGCCCUUACUACCCCUCCCUCACCAACCCUCUCGACAACACUAUCGCUUUGACCCCCACGCCAGAAGACCAUUUCUACAAGUUCCAAUACUACCUUUCUAUUGUGCCCACCAUCUACACCGAUGACUCGUCAAAACUCCACCUCCUCGAUGCGGACCGCAACACCGCCGGCUCCCUCUUCAGCACCCAUGCCAUCAAGACAAACCAGUACGCGGCAACGUCACAAUCGCAUACGGUGCCGGAGAACAAUGUGCCUGGCGUCUUCGUCAAGUUCGACAUUGAGCCCAUCAUGCUGAGCGUAGUGGAGGAGUGGGGUGGCUUCUGGAGGCUCGUGGUCAGGCUGGUGAAUGUUAUCAGUGGUGUGAUGGUUGCAGGAAGCUGGGCGUGGCAGAUGUACGAGAUCGGGCUGGAAGUUUGGGGCAGGAAGCAGAGGGAUAGGGGACAUGGGUUGGGCAUGUUGGGCACGCCGGCGAGGGAGAAGAAGGAGUGGGAAUAAGCUAUUGAAGAGGAGUCUUAGACCAACAUUGCAUCUGUGGCGUUUGUGGACCGGAAUGUGGGCCUGUCAUGGAAUCUCUUACCUGGAGAACUCAAGGGGUAGGUUUCGAAAGUAACUAUGUGUUUACACAGUUCAUUCGAGUGAUUCGCGUUCUGUCGGUAAUUACCUACUGUUUUGAGAGAGGAUGUCUAUAGAAUUGGACGGACCGCUACUCUAGCGCACAUCGUGUGCCUUCGGCUAUGCGUGAUCAUAGACCUAGUUGUUUUCCAAUCGAAGCACAGCUAGGAUUGUCACGGCACAUUUGGAACCUCGAGGGCUAGCAGUGACGUUGGACUGCAUACUAGGGGAGAAGUCACAAUGCAAACAAGUAACAGAUUGACAAAAGCAAGCAGUCACACCACC